AUGGGUAAUUAUUGUAGAAAGAAUAGAGCAAAGGAACCUAAACGUAGAGACAUAGAUGAAUUAGCUGAACGUGAAAAAUUGCAGAAUGAAAUUCCUGAAGAAUCAGAGCAGGUUCCAGAAGAUGUAGAAGAACUUAAAGAUCAACAAGAGGAACCUCCAGAACAAGACGAGUUAAAUGAUGAAGAUAUAGAUUACCCUAUUCAAGAAAAUAAAUCUUUUGAUGAAAAAAACUUAGAUGAUUUAGACAGAUCAAAUUCGGAUAUCUAUUCAGAAUCACACAAAUAUGAUAACACAAGCGAUAAAUUGGAAACAGGUUCACAAUUAACCCUAUCAACAGAUGCUACUGGCAUAGUACAACAAGUUACCAAAUUGACUGAACCAGCCCAUGAAGAAAGUAUAUAUAACACAUAUAAAUCGGUUACACCAUGUGAUAUGAAUAAACUAGACGAAACAGCGAAAGUAUUUUCAAAAAGAUGUGGAUGUGACCUAGGAGAACGUCACGACGAAAAUGCCUGCAAAAUAUGUAGAAAAAUCGACCUCUCUGAUACCCCAUUAUUAAGUUGA